GCUCAGGUGCAGCGGGAGGAGGAGAAGGAGGAGCAGAACGCGGCGGCCGCGGCGCGGCAGUGCCCUCGGUGCCGGCGCCAUGAGCAGCGCGGAUCAUCCGCCGCUCGGGGCCGGGCCGCGGGCUCAGCCCGCCUGGAAGCGGGAGAUCCUGGAGCGGAAGCGGGCCAAGCUGGCCGGGGCGGCCGCCGGAGAGAUGGAACCCGCGGCGGCGGCGGCUCGGGGCCCGGCGGCGGCGGCGGGCGAGCGGCUGGUGGUGGCCGAGAGCUUGGGCCCGCUCCGCGAGAACCCAUUCAUGCGGCUGGAGAGCGAGCGGCGGCGGCUGCGGCAGGGGCUGCCCGGGCACGGCCCCGAGGCGGCGCGGCCGCUGCAGCAGCUUCUGGAGCUGUACAGCGCCGUGCCGGGCAUCCGCACCAUCCGCGCCGACAACAUCCUCAUCAUCGAGUCGCAGCCCGACGCCGCCGCCUGCUUCGCCGACGGGGACGCGCUGUCCGGGCGCCGCCGGGAGCCCUCCGCCGCGUCCCCGCCGCGCCGCCCCGACCCGCUGCGGGAGCUGCUGGCCCGCCGGGGAGCGGCCCUCGCCGAGAUCCGCGCCGAUCAGGUCCUCAUCUACGAGGCGGCCGAACCGCCGGAGCCGCCCGAGGCCGCCGAGCCGGGCACCGUCAGCCGUCUCCUGGAGAAGUUCGGGCAGCGACCGCGGGGCCGCCGCCGCCGGGGAGGGGAAGCGCUGCCCGGGCGCGUCCCCGAACCCCCCGCCAGGAGCGUGCCGCCCAAGGGGCCACCAGUGCCAUCCACCAGCGCUGCCAACGCCAGGAGGCCAAAGCCAGAGGAGGCCGAAGCGGCUGCAUCACCCCCGCCCAGUGCCAGUCUGGCCCCCAGUGCCACCCAGCCGCUCUCUGCGUCUGCCCCCCGGGCCGGGGGCUCCUUCGAGAUCCACCCGGCGCCCAAGCCUGACCUGGCUGCCAUCCCUGCCCACGACCUGCAGGCGCAGGCCUUGGCCAAGCUGCGCCUGAAUUCACGCAACUCCUUCCUCUUCGUGCCCCGCCGGGAGGGUGGCACAGCUCUCCCUGCGGCCCAGAGCACCAGAACGGGGCCGCCGCCGCCAUCCCCGCAGCAGAAGGUACAGAAGGAGCCCCCGCGGGUUUCCGCUCCGGAGCAGGAAGAGCCUGUCGCUUCCCCACCGGCGCCUCUGGAUCCGUUGGUACCCGUGACUUACAUCGAUGACAUUGUGGAGCCGGACGGUGGGGAGCUCUCCCCCAGGGCUGCAAGGACAGAGAACUUGGAUCAGCCCGGAGGAGCCGGCCCUGACCUGGAGAUGGAGUUUUCCUCCGUGCCUCUCUACAGACCGCAUUCCCCCGGCCUCCAUCAGAGGGGAGGUAACACCUUCACUGUGGUGCCCAAAAGGAAGCCUGUCGCCUCGGGGCCGCAGAGUCCUACUGAGGCUGGUGGACGGCCUCAGCGGGAGGAAGAGGAGGAGGAGGAGGAAAGCAAAGGAAGAGGCAAAGCUGUGGAGAACGCUGAUGGGCCCCAGGUGGGGACGUCCCAUAAAAAGCGCUACCCCACAGUGAACGAGAUCGAAGUGAUCGGCGGGUACCUGUCCCUGGAGAGGUCCUGCAUGAGCAAGACGGGCUCCCGACGCAAGAAGAUGAAGAUCUCUUUCAAUGAGACAAGUUUGCAGACCAUGUUUGAGUAUCCAUCGGAGAGCUCACUGGCAGAAGAGGAGGAGGAGGAGGAAGAGGAAGGACCUGCUUCUGAAACAGAGGAGGAGAAGUCUCGCACCUUUCACAUUCCACGCCCAAACAGCACUUUGCAUCCCAAUGCAGCUAACUCAGCAGAUCUAUCCAGCUACACCCCAAAGCACUCAGUGAAGUUCAGCGAGUGGCAGGAGCAGAAGUACGAGGAGAUGCCUGCCAAGGGAGCCCUCCUGAAGGAAGCUGAUUCCCGUGGGAACCAAGUCAUGCUCACCCCAGCUGAGAAGGGCGGACUCUCCGACUUCAGCAGUGAGCCCGCUCUGUACUUCUGAUGGCUCCAUCCUCGAGCCUGCAGCAGCAGCUGCUGGGCAGAGCCUGGCAGUGCACCUCCGACGUCCGCGCCAGCACAGCGGAAAUCAACUCCUGGUCCCUCCCUCAUCGCAGUUUUCGUAGGAUCCUGAUGCCAAGGGUGGACUAGAUGCCAUCGGGCGUCUUUGGAGAAUAUUUGCACUGGGUUCUGAACUACUGUUUUUUAAUACGUAUGGUUUAUUCUCCCUGUGGCCUUGCAUAUUCCUUGUUCAAGAUCAGCUGUCAGUUAGACAGGUAUCUUAAAGCAACGUGUAACCCCAGGAUGGACGUAGAUUCUCUCAGUGCUUAUGAGUCUGCACAUCCAAGCGCUGUUUGGGGCCCGGGCAGUGUCUGUAGCACUGCUCGCAUUUGAGGCCCCACUGAAGGAGGCCCUGUGCAGGCAGCCGGGCUCAUCAAAGCGGUUCUGACAGCCGGGUUACAAGGGCUGUCUGCUGGGAGAACUGCUGAGGGUUCAUGGGUUGUUCUCCACGUGUUUCUGGGUCUACUUUCACCGAACUGUCAUGGAAUUCAUGUGCCAGUUAUGCUCUUGUAAAGGAAGCUGAAUGCACGGCGUGGGGGAUGGGCAGGGGAACAAAUGCCUUCAGCUUUAGGUGUCACUUUUGCCCUGACAGAAGGGAAGCGCCUGGUCCAGCUUGAGCCUCGUGAAGGUUCCCAGACAUUGGCCAUAGCUUUGGUCUCUCUGUAACUGCCUCUGCUCUCCAGUCUCUACUAACUGCUAACUGUGCUUGUUUGCCAGUUGCUCUUGUUUAGUUUUGGCACCUAAUGGGGCCAGGCCCAAGAUUUAUUUGGUGGUGGGGUACUUGCUUCUUGCCUUGCUCACUCUACUUCUCUAUGCAAAGCACAGGAGGACCAUUUCACUCCUCCCUUCUGCAGAACUUGAACAAGGAAUAUGAUUUUUUUUUCUAGUAUUUUUAUAGUUCUGUUGUAAUUGUUUGAUGCAGCCAAUAUGCAAAGGAAUCCGCUAGACUCUUCCAUUUAAAUUUUCUACUACUGUACACUCAGGGUCAAAAUUGCACUCUGGAAAAGACUGAACACUGCUGCUAAUGUGAUUUGUACUCCUGGGAUUAAAAGAGAUGCAGUUGGAAUAGA